GACAUCCAUAAACCAAUUCUGCUGCAUCUAUUAAAAGCGACAUCCGCCAUCAUUCUUACUGGGUACAUUCCUGAAAAUGCAUCGAGGUUUUCCGUGAAUUUAAUAUGUAAGGCAGCUGGAAAUAUUGCUUUGCAUUUUAAUCCACGACUGGACAGAGGAUAUAUUGUCAGAAAUACAAGAGUGCGUGGAUCUUGGGAGGAUGAAGAGACUUGUUCACCUGCAGGUUCAAACGGAUGUAUUUUCCGUCGAAAUACCUAUGCACAUCUUAUGAUCUUCUGUACAAACGACGCAUUUCAGGUAAGAAGUAAUAAUUCUUAAAAAAGUUAAAAAAAGAUGCUCAGAAUAUACGUGCUCCUCGAAUAAAACCUAAAUUAAUCGAUCCAAUUAAUAGUAGUUUUAAUUAUUUUUCAAGGAUAUUUUUAUU